AUGGAAUUGGAUAAACUUUUCGUUGUUAUACAACUCCUUACUCUUCAAACUGUAAGCCAUGCAAUCAAAUGUUUUACGUGCGCUUCUGCUGAUUAUAAGGUUUUGUUCGAGCGUUUUUCGAAUAUAAGGCACUCUCUCCAUAUUCCACGUUUUGGUGAAUUGUGUGAUAACUUUGAACGACUACAUGCAUUUGCACCUGCACUGAAUUGUGAAUCCACAUGCAUUUCCAUUUUGGAACCACAAUAUUUUGGAGGUGUUCAAUCUACAAAUAGACCUUACAGUUAUAUUCGUGGAUGUGCUGGCAAAAUUUUCAGUUCAGUACAGAAUCGUUCACCUGAAGUGGACUUUCUUCAUACUGAAGCUAUUUGCUUAGAACUUCCACUAUCUCUAAUUUGGCCAUCAAUUGAAACUGAUGAGCACGUACAGGCAAGUUUAAAACAUUGCAGCUGA